AUGUCAACGUACCUCGACAUCCGAGGGCUCAAGUUCCCCGGGCCCCAGCACUGGAUCUCCCCGCGAAGAGCUCACGAGAUGAAGGAGGAGCUUGCCAGGUGCAAAGCUCAGGGGAAGGACUUAUGGUCGAAGGAGUGGAAGAAUGUCCCGACCACCUUCAACGUCAGGUCCAACACGUCGAGGUCCUAUCAAACCUUUGAAGUCCGGGGUGUGAAGAUGUCAAGGUUGUCGCUGAAUAAAUUGAGGCCCAGCACGACGGCUUCAUCAGCAAGAUAUCGUAGCGACAGCAUGUACUCUUCAUGCGAGUAUGAUGGAGUGAACAGGAGAUACAAGACUUCUAUGGCAACGUACAUCACAUACACCGAUGACUCGCGGAGGCCUGUCUCUGUACUCCAUUACCUCAUCUCCUCACCUUUCUCACAGUUCGCCGGCCCAUCGAACGCCAACCUCUGUGAUGAAAGGGAGUCAUUCUCCCUUCGCAAGACCAGCUCAAAUCAGUUCUCCAAGAUCACCUGA